AUAGCCCCCCCUCACUGUUCAGGCUCCACUGCUGAUUGGAUGAGCUGUCCAGAAAUGCAGCUCUGCAAUUAGUCAAAGUGACUGUCGGUCAAAUACAAGCUUCCCAGAGAGCAGGUUAGUCUGGGGCAACAGGAGACAGUACUGCACUGAUUUGCUUUCUCAUAGAUUUGAUUUUAAGGAUAUCGAUCCUGUCUGGCUUGGGAAACCAGAGUGAAUCGAAUGUGAUUUAGUUUGGUUUAAACAUCUGUUUGGAAAAUCGCACAUCAUACGUAACAUGGUAGUGGGCAAAAAAGUGACAAAAGAAAGUGUUCUUCCAUCAGUGUGUGAAGAUGAUGGAGAUGAAGGUGGAAAAGAAGAUGAUUUGGGAGGAAUCGCAAGCAGGCCGGUCAGCAGACCCAGGAGUCUCUACAGCAGAGGAAGUGUGGAUGGCCAAAGAGUUUCUAGACCGCCCAGCCAGCAUCAAAGCACAAGAAUGGGCCUUCAGGAUGAAGAUCGUAUGAAUGAAGAAGAUGAGGUGGAUGAAGGUGGAGGUAUCCAUCCAGGUGAUGGACAGCAGCAGGAGGAAGAGUGUGUCAUCAGUGACGAAGAUUAUGACACAGACCUGGAGCUUGACAGAUUUCACAAUGAAAGACGAGCAUAUGACCCUACAGGACAGUCCAGCUACAAAGAGGCUUGUAAGAUGCUAAAUGUAAUUCCAGUGUCCUACUUCCUCCGAAAUAUGAACCAGAGUGAAGUCAACAUGAUGCAUUAUGGGCUGGGCUCACAGGGUACCAAAGCUCUGGCGAUUUCCUUGGUAACCAAUACCUCCAUCCUGAAGCUGAAUCUGCGAGAUAACUGGAUGGAGGGAGUGGGCGGGGCCGCCAUUGCUGACAUGCUCAAAGAGAAUUGCUACAUCACAGAAAUUGAUUUGUCUGAAAACCGGAUGGGUGAAUACGGAGCCAGGGCUCUGUCCAGCAUGCUGUUGGAAAACUCUACCCUAUUCUCUCUCAACCUCUCUGGGAACCAUCUGGACGAGCGAGCGGCCAGACAUCUGUCCCCAGCUCUGAUAGGCAACCAGAAACUUCAGCACCUCGACCUGAGUCACAACAGAUUUGGAGAUAUAGCAGGGGAAAUCCUUGGUGCUGCCAUUACUGAGAACACGGCAAUGAAGUCACUCAAUCUGGCUUGGAACUGCAUUCGAGGGAAAGGAGCCAUUGAAUUUGCUAAAGGCCUGGAGGGAAAUAUCUUCUUGCGGAUCCUGGAUUUGUCAUACAACGGCCUGGGCAAAGAAGGAGCUGUGGCUCUAGAGGAAGCACUCAAACACAACAAUACACUGGAGGAUCUGAACAUCAGCAAUAAUCGCAUACCGCUUGAAGGAGCCAUCCAUUUAGCCCUGGGCCUCAAAGUGAACACGACUCUACGAAUUCUCAAAAUGUCUAGGAACCCAAUGCAGUCAGCGGGAUGCUUCGCCAUUUUAAAAUCAGUUCAAGCAAACCCAGAAACUGCAGCUGAGUUUUUAGAAUUCUCUGAUAUCUGUGUGGACCAGGAAUUUGAAGACUUAUUCGAAAGCACCAAAGAAACACUCCCAAACCUCCAGGUGAAACAUGGUGGAAAAAUUAACGCUGCUCUUAAAAAGAGCUGAAGUUUAUUCAAAAACACAUUCUGGACAAUCCAAUUGUAAUUGUGUAGGCUUAUAGAACUGCAAAUGUAUUUCUAAACUUGUAUAAAACUGCGACUCUAAACUGAUUUGAAUCUCGCUCCGCACUCCUCCACAUGGUAAAUUGGAUCAAGUCACAGUUGAUUGAUCAUGGUUUCUGGCGUUAAGGGAACAACGGUUCUGUAGAAUAAUACUAAGAAGAAUUGAUGACAUUAGUGACCAUAGACUUUAGAAUAUUACUUACAAAAUAGAUAGUUGAGAUGAUGUGUGAAGAAAGCUAGAAUAUGUGUAAAAGUUUGGGUCGGUAAGAUUUUUACAAAUGUUUUUAAAAGAACAUUUUUUUUUUGAUCAACAUGAUUACAGCUUAAAAUUACUGUUUUGAAUAUAUUUUAAUAUAUUUCUAAUAUUUCAAAGAUUAUGAUCAAUGUUGAUGUUGAUCAUUUGUCCUGGUUCAUGUUUGUGUGUAAACCAUGAUAUACAUUUUUCAGGAUUCUCUGAUAAGAAAGUUCAAAGAACAGCAUUUAUUUGAGCAAGUUAAUAAAUUUAUUCAUUUCCUUCACUUUUGCUAGUGUAUGUAUGCAGAUUUAUUUACUGUAUGUUGUAGGCCUAUAUCUAAAAUAACUUUUUGUAACUCGUGUUUUUAACAUAAACUUAAUUUAGUAUUCACAUAUAUGGUUUAAAACGCAUGAUUUUAGCGUGUGAUAAAUUAUAAUGAUAAACAUACGAAUAUUUGUAGCAGGUAGGAGCUGUAAUGGGCAGCUCUAUACUGGAAAAGGGGGCGGGGAGCAGCAGCUCAUUU